CUGCACAGUCAUACAGUGUGCCAAAUAAAGCUUUUACUACCAAUGCCUCAGCUGACAAAGGUGGAUGUAAGAGACGUGAGUGGGUACAUAAAAGGGGAAAGAGAAGGAAAGAAGGGAGAGGAAGAUGAUGAUGAGAUGGUAGAUGGUAUGGUUGAGCAGGAAUUGAGCUGGAAGAAUCUGCAGUGGGGACACUGUCCCAGAUGGCUUCGAUGUCUGGCUCCAGUAGUAGCACUGUGGUUGGUUAUUCAGGAAGAGAUGCACCUUCUCGAAUUUGGAGACUGGCUGCUUCUGGCUGGGAUGCUGUGGACAGGCUUUAUCUUCUGUGUUUCACUACUAAAGUUCCUUUACCAAUACAGAAGGCGGUAUAAGCAGAAUACUGUCUCUGAGAAGAGUGAAAUUGUUGGGGAAAGGACUGGUCAACCUUGUCAGGCAUGUCUCAUCAGUCAGCAAGAUGCAGGACAUCUGCUAUCUGUGGUGAGGGCUCUACUGGAUGGCUUGGUGGUUUCCCUUCUCCAGGAACAAGUGUCAGAUCCAAGGGUUUCCCAGAUACAAGUCCUCCUCACUAAGCUGGAAGCAAUGUCUCAAUUAACAACACUGGCAGUAAACAAUCGUGUCUCUACUGAAGAUCGACUGCUGCAGGCCAAUGAUGCGGAAGAAAAAGUGAUCAAGACUAGAGUAGAAGACAGAAUGAAACAUAUUUGCACUUACCUGCAAGAGAGGGUGAGGGCCCUGCGCUUUCUCCUUCAGACCCAGGAUCAGUAUGGUGUAUGCAUAGCUAAUGUUCAGCAGGAGUUGCAAGAGUACUGGGAGCUGCUAGAAGAUCUGCAUACUAAAGUGACCCUGCAGCCGAAAAAGUGCCAGAGCCCUGAGGAUUUGCACACUGUUCUCACUGACACUGAGGGCUUAUACACAAAGCUGGGUCUGUUUCACAGUAGGAUUCAUGAGUGUCAGGUGCACCUGAGCACAAGUGCACAUCAUCUUAAGCAGGAGCUGGAAAAUAGGCAGCAGGCUCUGGCUCAGACUAUGGGCCUAACACUGGAGUCUACUUGGACCAGAGACCUUCUGCAGUGUAACACCCACCAGUGUGUUUCAGAGGAACUUCAUGUAGCAAGACAAUGACCCAAAACACACUGCCAACACAACAAAUGACUUCAUCAGGAGGAAAACUUGGAAGAUUUUAGACUGGCCAAGUCAAUUACCAGACCUUAACCCAAAUGAACAUGCAUUUCACCUCUUGAAGAGGAGACUGAAGGGAGAAACCCCUCAAAAGAAACAACUGAAAGAAGCUGCUGUACAAAUCUGAAAAAGCAUCACAAAAGAAGAAUGCAACAGUUUUGUGAUGUCAGUUGGUCACCACUUUAAAGCAUUUAUUGCAAGCAAUGGCUAUGCAACCAAAUAUUGUGUUAUUUACUUUACUUUAAGGCUAUCUGUUCCUAUAUUUCUGCUCACCUAAAAAUCGGACGGUCUGUCACCAAUGGUGCCAUGCAAGUUGUUUAACAUGUGUAGAUGCAAAUAUCAGGAAAUGACAGCUGAAAUUCUGAUCUAUUGUCUCAUUCAUCUUUGAUCUCAAACCCAAAUGUCUUCAAUGUAUUGCAAAAGCAAAUAAUUCACCUUGCUGUUACAAUACUUUUGGAGCAUUUUGUAUAUUACAGUGCAGUAAUCCAUGCAAAUUAUAUGACUUGAAAUCGAUCAAGUCAAGGUUUCCAUUACUUCCAUUACUCUGGUUUCCCCACACAGUCCAAAGACAUGCAGGUUAGGUUAACUGGUGACUCUAAAUUGACCGUAGGUGUGAAUGUGAGUGUGAAUGGUUGUCUGUGUCAGCCCUGUGAUGACCUGGCAACUUGUCCAGGGUGUACCCCGCCUUUCGCCCAUAGUCUUAUCUGUAACAUACUCAGGAGUAUAAUGGUGACACGGUGGUGUAGUGGUUAGCAUGGUCACCUCACAGCAAGAGGGUUCGAGCCCAGCGGCCGGCGAGGGCCUUUCUGUGUGGAGUUUGCAUGUUCUCCCCGUGUCUGCGUGGGUUUCCUCCAGGUGCUCCGAUUUCCCCCACAAUCCAGAGACAUGCAGUUAGGUUGACGUGGGGCGGCCUUGGGCUGAGGUGCCCUUGAGCAAGGUACCUGACCCCUGACUGCUCCCCGGGCACUUUGGUGUGGCUGCCCACUGCUCUGAGUGUGUGCAUGUGUUCACUGCUUCAGAUGGGUUAAAUACAGAGGAUGAAUUUCACUGUGCUUGAAGUGUGCAUGUGACGAAUAAAGGUUUAAAGAAAAAAAGGAGCAUAAGUAGGAUAUGACAGUUCUACUAAAAUGAUGGCAUUUUCAUGAAUAUCAAUUUUCUCGUGCAAAUAUGCUUCACAAAUAAAUCUGUUCAUGUCCAAAUUCACAAAUGUGUCUAUGCUGUACAGGUGCAUUUUUCGAUGCCCCAGUAUUUUGGGCUAGUUUCAGGUCCUUUGUAUGGUUUUUGAGAUGUAAUAGGGCUAGAAAGUUUUAUGCUGAAACAUGUAAAGGUUAAUGAUAUAAUCCUGAACACAGCUGUGACUAAUUCAUGGCACUGUUGAGGGUGGUUUUGAGAAGGUCUAGUUCUGAGUUUGCUUUUAAGGUACAGUGUCCUUUGACUCCUUUGUUGUUGUCCAAGGAGUGCUCCUCUAUGUUAAAAUGAAUGUAUCCAGGCUCCCCUGCACUGAUUCUGUGCUUUCAGAAGCUUUUAAGGCAUGUUUAAAGAUCUGCAGUGAUCUGCCAAUCUGUUAGUUGAGGGAUGGUAUGGUGCAACUGAUGUGCUUCGGAGCAUUCAACUUGAGCAUAUUAAACACCUCAGAGCAAAAUCGAGGGCCAUUGUCACUAACAAGGAUUUGCUGAACCCCAUGACAACUGAAAAGGCCCCUCAAGGCUUACAUGUUUUUUUCAACAAUUGUUUUGACCAUGAAGAAUACCUCUGGCUACAUGCAGUGAGCAUCUAUGCCUACUAGCUACAUGCAACCAUCCUACAUGCCAGCAAAAUUAAUGUGUAUCUUUUCCCAUGUCUAGUUGGCCAUAUCCAUGGGUGAAGGUAAUGCUCUACAUGGUACGAUUUGUAUCCAGUGGCAAUGCCCACCUAUCAGAUAUUACUAUAUGCACAGUUGGCUUCAACUGAGACACUUGACCAAGGAUAGAGCUAAGGAGUUGAGAAUGAAGGGUCUCAAUCAAGGACCCAACAAUGGCAGCUUGGUAGUGAAACAACCAUAAUAGCUGAUCUUGCCAUGAAAAAAGCAUACCUCACAUUGGUCUGUAUGGUGACUCAUCACUGCAGACCAGGUCAGAGGUCAACUGAGGAAGCUUCACCCCAGGAAAGCAGCAGGCCCGGACAAGGUGUGUCCCCAACUACUGAAGACCUGUGCUGCUGAACUGGGUGAACCACUCCAACAUAUCUUCAACCUCAGCCUGCAGCUGGGGAGAGUGCCCACCCUCUGGAAGACACCAUGCAUCGUUCCAGUUCCCAAGAAGAACCCGCACAGAGAGCUGAACGACUUCACAUCUGAUGAAGACAUUGGAGCGGCUCUUCCUCAGCCUCCUCAGACCCCAGGUGCAACAUGCCCAGGACUGUCUGCAGUUUGCAUACCGGGCAGGUGUUGGUGUGGAAGACGCUAUCCUCUACCUGCUAUACUGAGCCCACUCGCAUCUGGAUAAGGGAAAUGGCACAGUGAGGAUCCUCUUCUUGGACUUCUCGAGUGCCUAUAACACCAUCCAGCCCCUUAUGCUUCAGGACAAACUGAACAGGAUGUGAGUGGACCCCUGCCUGGUCACCUGGAUCUCCAGCUACCUCAAUGACAGGCCAUAGUCAAGUCAUCUUUAUUGUCAAAUAUGCUAUACAUGCUCGACAUACAGCACAGACGAAAUAUCAGUGCUGUACACACACACACACACACACACACAAAUUGGUUCAAAUAACCAAACAGUCAAGGGCACUUGAGGUAUAGCAGGUAAACAUGAAACAUAGUACGUCAGGCUGAAGGACAUCACAUCUGACACUGUGAUUAGCAGCACCGGAGCACCCCAGGGCACGGUGCUGGCCCCUCUUCUCUUCAUCCUGUACACUGUGGACUUCUGCUACAACUCGGAGCUGUGUCACAUUCAGAAGUUCGCUGAUGAGACAGCCAUAGUGGGGUGUAUCAGGGACGACAGAGAGGAGGAGUAUAGAAGUCUGGUGAGGGACUUUAUUUGGUGCAACAGGAACCAUCUGCAGCUCAACACCUCGAAGACCAAGGAGCUGGUCAUUGACUUUGGGAGGUCCAGACCAAGCUCACGACCAGUUCUGAUCGAGGUAGUCGAGGCGGAGGCUAUGGAUUCCUACAAGUACCUUGGACUGUGGCUGGACAGCAAACUGGACUGGACUUGCAACACCAAUCACCUGUACAGGAAGGUACAGAGCAGGCUGUACUUCCUGAGGAGGCUGCGGUCCUUUAACAUCUGCAGAAAACUCCUGUGGAUGUUCUAUCAGUCCGUGGUGUGCUGGGGGGCAGCACAUCCAGGCUGGACAAACUGAUCAGGCGGGCCGGCUCUGUGGUCUGCAUGAAGCUGAACUCUCUGGUGAAGGUGGCAGAAAAGAGGACUAUGGACAAACUACUGAACAUCAUGGACGAAGCCAGUCACCCUCUGCACACCAUCAUCAGCAACCAGAGGAGUCUGUUCAGUGACAGAAUGCUCCUUCCCAAGUGCAGGACUAACAGACUUAAAAACUCCUUUGUCCCUCACGCCAUCAGACUGUACAACUCCUCUCUGGGGGGAGGAAGGGUAACAGGAGGACAGAGGAUGGGAAGGAGCAGUAGCCUAGCCUGACAAAAAGCAAUACUGGACAAUGUGCAAUAUAAAUGUGCAAUACCUCUCCUGCUGAACUUUUUUCAUAUCUUAUUUUUUAUGUUGGUAUAUGUAAAUACUUAAUUUAUCUUGAAGUUUUCUCUAUUUUCUAUUCUCUGUUUAUCCUGUAAUAAUGAUGCUGGGAUUUUAAUUUCCCUGAAGGAACCCUCCCAAAGGGAUCAAUAAAGUUCUAUCUAAUCUAAUCUAAUCUAAUCUAAUCUAAUCUAAUCUAAUCUAAUCUAAUCUACAAUUGCUCAUCUUCUCUGCAGACUUUUGCAGCCCAUUAGUGUAAAUGGAG